UUUAUUUCGGACUACAAUGGAGACGAUCAUUACUUCACAAGGAUUGGUUCAUCGGGUGUGACCGCUGACCAAAUUUUCAAGAUUCAAGCUGUUAUGGAUCAUAUCGAUUCUUGUCACCAACAUCAUCAUACGCUUAUAAAAAACAGUUCGAAUAACUUGAUUGAUUAUUUGCGUUCAGCCUCUUUAGGAAAUCGUCAAUUGGCAGCUUCAUCGACAUAUCACCCGGAUUUAGAAGAAUUGGAAGAAGAUUAUGAAGUUGAAAUUGGAAAUUAUAAUCCAGUUCAGCCGCUGCUUUACGACCACGGCGUAUGUAUAAUUCCGAUUUCAAAUCCAACAAUCCGAAUUGAUCAUCAUAUAUUACAAAUUAUGCAUCACGGCACCACUUCAGUCAUAUGGGAGCCAGAUGCGACUUCAGGCCGUUCUUGUUAUGCAUUUUUUCGAUUGGAACGAUCAUGUGCGUCAAUCACAUGGCAAAGACCAUCUUGGCAUCGAUUAAAAUCCGAACAAGAAUACGAUUUGGCUGUAAAUCCAGAAGAAUUAGUUUCGCAAAGACUAUUUUAUCAUCACCAAAUAACUGUGACAAAUGAGUUCGAACCACAGAAUCCAACCAUUGAUGAAGGCUUUCUUGAUUUAACUUUGGCAAAGGAAGUUAUCAUGGGUUCACGUAACCACGAAUAUGAUGCCGAACUUUUGGCAGCCGGAAAACAAUUUGGUUUAACUCAUAUCGAGUGCUGCGUUACAAUUCUAUAUGGAAGCAGCAUUAAUGACAAUCGACUUAUUUGUUUAAUGUGCCCUCCGAUGUUAUGUCGGCUUUGGUACGUUGGCCUUAAUUGGAUUAUCAAAGGAAUCAAGCGACAGCAGCGUCUAGCCGAUCGUUCAAUGCUGUGGUUAAAAGAGAAGUACGUUCAAUUAUAUUUCGAGGAUCGUAUGUGUGAAGAACCAUUAGCAAACGAUGCUUUAAAACUAUUCGGUGGUCGUGACUGGACCACAAUGCACAUCACAACUACUGCAAGCACAGCCACACCAGAGACAUCUGAGCCAAUGAAACGAGAAAUGUCAUUUAAACUAAAAAAGAAACGUUCGGUCGCCAAUAUUCUGGGGCAGUCGAUAAGCGGCAGCAAUUCAGAGGGUGCAACAGCACCAGAGCCUGAACACGAUGAUUGUAAUGAAAGAAUUGAUCGUUUCGAUGAACGACGGAAUGAAUCCAGCGACCAGUUAUGGCAAAAAGUGAAUAACUUGCGAUAUGGAGCAAUUACGUACGAAACGCAACUAGACUUCCUAGAUUUCAUAUCACUUUUCAAAUCAUUCAGGUAAUUGAUGAGCAUGAACCAAAUAUGUUAAUUUCCAGGAAGGUUAUUUAUCGUAUCCAUAACCAACUCCUCAGUAAUGUUGAUAGUUGGAAAAUUAGCACACAGAUCCUUUAGCAAUGGUUCAUCUUCAGAAUAAUUCUCAUUUUUGGUAUAAUCCGGUUCAGUGUACGCUUUGGCAAAAUGUGUUGCGAAAAAUUGUGCUAUUUCACCUUGGUUACUACUUUUCUUGCCUCCAAGAACCAUUUCAUUCGGAAGAUCAUCAUUCGUCUUUUUGGAACCAUUCACGAAUUCGAAAAACUUCUGUGGAUCUUCAUUGAUAAGGUUUUCCAUUUCGAGUUUGUAGUUUCUAUAUGCCAAACGUGCGCUCUUUUUGUAUUCUCUUCUCAAUUUGGAGUGUUCUUUUUUGGCGUAGUUUUUUUCUUCAAUGGUAUGUCUGGAUGCUAUGUAUUUGUACUGUCUAUUGACUCUAUUCUUCAAAUUGAUAAGGUCAUUAUUAAACCAUUUUGGGUGACUUGAAAGCUUCUUCGUUUUCAUCACAACAUUCGAUGAAAUUACUGAAUCAAUCAGUUCGUAGAACUUUGUGAUAUGCGAGUCGAAAUCAUCACCGGAAAACAUUUCCAUCCAAUCGACGUCAUUCAGCGACUCAUUUAUGGUAUCGUAAUCGGCAUUCACAAAAUCUCGGUAACUAUAAUUCGAAGUUGGUUUAAAUUGGUUACAAUCAAAAUUACCAAUAUUUAUCUCAUACGAUAUGUGAUGUGACUCCUGGUUCAGUAGGUGAUAAUCAUUUUUGGAACAAUUGACGAAAUCGGUGCUGUUAGUCUGCCAACUAUUUUCUACCAGUAUACUGAAAAAUUCAGUAAAAAGCCAGUUUUUUCGCAAUAUCUCGGAAACGGCUGGAUUUAGGCCCCAAAUCUCGGCCUCCGGCUACCAUCCCCAUGAAAUUUUCCGCCCGAUCGA